GGACGCGGAGGCAGCGGCAGCGGCAAGGUGUCGGGGGCGAGUACGCUGGUUGUUUGCGGGACGUGCAGCUUCUCCGGCGGUGCUCGCCGCGCUGGCUGGUUGUUGGGCGGCCGGCGCCAUGUCUGUGAGCGAGAUCUUCGUGGAGCUGCAGGGCUUUUUGGCUGCCGAGCAGGACAUCCGAGAGGAAAUCCGAAAAGUUGUACAGAGUUUAGAACAAACAGCUCGAGAGAUUUUAACCCUACUUCAAGGGGUCCAUCAGGGCCCUGGGUUUCAGGACAUUCCAAAGAGGUGCUUGAAAGCUCGAGAACAUUUUGGUACAGUAAAAACACAUCUAACGUCUCUGAAGACCAAGUUCCCUGCUGAACAGUAUUACAGAUUUCACGAGCACUGGAGGUUUGUGCUGCAGCGCUUGGUCUUCCUGGCAGCCUUUGUCGUUUAUUUGGAAACAGAGACCUUGGUGACACGAGAGGCAGUGACGGAGAUUCUUGGCAUUGAGCCAGAUCGGGAGAAAGGAUUUCAUCUGGAUGUAGAAGAUUAUCUCUCAGGAGUUUUAAUUCUUGCUAGUGAACUGUCAAGGCUGUCUGUCAACAGUGUGACCGCUGGAGACUAUUCGCGGCCCCUCCACAUUUCCACUUUCAUCAACGAGUUGGAUUCCGGUUUCCGCCUUCUCAAUCUGAAAAACGACUCCCUGAGGAAGCGCUAUGAUGGAUUGAAGUACGAUGUGAAGAAAGUAGAGGAGGUGGUCUACGAUCUCUCCAUCCGGGGCUUCAAUAAGGAGACAGCAGCAGCUUGUGGUGAAAAAUAGGAGGCUCUUCCCGCGGCUGGCCUUGCUGACCUGGGCAGUUGCCAAGGAGGGCGAGCACAGAGUGCCUCUUCCCGUAGUUGUCAUGCCUGGUUGCUAAACACUGCGCUUUAUUUUCUUAACCAGUUGUGUGGUGUAUCAGAAUUGUAACACUUUUUGGAGCUUAAAAAAAUAGCCUUUCCAUGGACAGAAUUUUCCUUGUUAGUUUCAGUGAACUUGCUUUGAUUGUUUCAGGUCUGUCAGAAGUAUGUCAGUCUCUUGGUAAAAAUCCCUUUGCUUACCUGAGUGUUGGUGUACCUAUUGACAAGUUUGCCGUCUCGUUUGUGAUUCUUCCAGAAGUGACCUUUGAUGUUUUCUAGGUCCUUCCUAUUAGCUCUCCAUUCCCAGUUGUAGCCUGGGUACGGUGUGAAAAUAGACCCUUAAAAAAAAUGGUUGGCAAGCAAGGAAAACUUAUUUUCCCUUUCUUAAUUUAAGCCUUUCGAGUUAGUCACGUUAAAUUUUUUGUCAAGGGAAUUUGAGCCCCAGGUCUUUUUUACUGCCAUCAAAAUACAAAAGAUGAAACUGCAAAGGCAAGCUCAGAACAUUAGUUUGGAAGGUUUUCUGUUAAGAGGUUUAGUAACGUCUUCUGUUGGGCUGUACCAGGCGGGGAGCAGAUCUUAGUGUAGAAUACCCUGCUUUCUGAGGUUGCCUUAAUGUCUGGCUGUCACAGCAAUUAAAAUAAUCUUCAAUCUUCAUACAGCUCUUAAACUAACACUUCAUGUAAUAGAUUCCUAAACUAUGAAACCUUUUAAUAGCCAACUAAACCCUCUGGUCUUGGAGUAGAAAGUCAUCAUGUAUUAUUUUUGGCACCCAGGAGUUUGUUCUUACAGAACAAUGCUGUGUUUGGUGUGGAAGAAAGUAAAACUUGGCUUUAAAAAAAAAAAAAAAUCCCAUGUGAUUGAUAGUGUUUUUUGGGAUAAGAAAUUCCAUUUUUUGCAGGGGGUAGAGGCCUGGGACGUGAUUCAGCGGUUAAGAGCACCAACUGUACUUGCAGAAAACCCAGGUUUGAAUCCCAGCACCCACAUAACGGUUAUCAGCCAUAACUCUGGUUCCAGGGGUUCCAACACCUUCUGUCCUCCACGGGCACUGCACGACACAGGUGCAGUUAUACACAUGCAGACAUAACACUCAUACACAUAAAAAAAUUAAAUGAAUAAAUAAAUUUAGGUUUUUGAUAGCUAUCUCAGUAGGUUCUAAAUGUACAGUGUGGGGCAAGUCAUGUAAAUUUUGUGGGUGUUCCCAUCCACUUCAUUUUUCAGAUAGUGUUAAGGUUGACCAGGUAGGGUGGUGCACACCUUUAAUCCCAGGACUUGGGAGGCAGAGGUAGGUGGUUCUUUGUGAGUUCAAGGCCAGCCUGGUCUACAUAGCAAGUUUCAGGCCAGCUGGGGCUACUAUGAGACCUGGUCUCAGAAAACAAAAACAAAACAAAUAUUUACCAGGUAAUUUUCGGGGUGGAACUAAAAUUACUAGCCAUAAUUAGGGCUAGUGAUGUAGCUGGAGUGGUAGAGCACAUGCCUAGUAGGUGUGAAGCACUGGGUUCCAUCCCUAGCACUGGGAAAAAAAAAGAAAACUCAACAGUUUUUGUACUGUGUGAAAGGAAGCUGUUAGUGUUUUCAGUAUAACAGGAAAUAUUUGGGAGUGUCGCUUUCUUGCUUCAUACUAGUUUGGGUUUCCUGUUUGUGCAUUGGGAUGUUGAGCACUGCCCAUGGUUAAAGACUCACUGCAAAGUGGGAGAAGGUGCAGGCUUGUACUGCCAGGUUUACUUAGGAGUCUGAGGCAGGAGGAUGGCACGUUCAAAGCUUCAAGGCCAACCUGGGUAAUUGAAUGAGACCCUGUGGCAAAAAUAAAAAGAUUAAAAAUAAAUAAAUUCAAAUAGAGGGCUAGGGGUGCUUUUCAGUGAUAGAGUGCUUGCCUUGCUUGUUUGAGGUCUGGGUUCAAUCCCCCAUUCUACAGUGGAGAUCAAAGUCUGAUUAUUAUUUCCCAUCGUGACGAUGGGAGUAGAGAUGAGAUGUAAGAUGUAAGAUAUUGUUGGAUUUUUAGACAAGCUUUCUUGCAGUUCUUUUUGUAGAGUUAGAAUAAGUUAUUAGGUUAUUGUUUUGUUAGUUUGCUUUUUGAGACAGGGUCUUGCUAAUAAUUAGCCCAGGCUGGCCUGGAGCUUGAAAUCCUGCCCCUACCUCCUGAAUGUAGGGUUAGGUUUGAAAAGUGCCCAGGAAGGUCACUUCACAUGUGCAGCAAUCACUGGCUGGCUUGAGCAUGAGAGGCUUUACAGUUACAUGGUCAGAGGGAGACAGGAAGAGAGACAGGAAGUGUCUCGAUACCUUGCUUUGUGUGGAUUCUGUUUGAGAGUAGUAAAGUUCUUCCUGAAGUUGUAAGUUUUUUUUUUUUUUUUUUUGUUCCACUGUUCUAGAGAUAGGAGGCCGGGUCCGCAAACUCCUGGGUCAGGUCCUCCUUCUGCCUCAGCCUGCCAUGCAGCUGGGACUCUAGGUCAGUGCCACCCACCAGGCUCUUGAACAAUUGCAAUUAAAUUGCACUUAAAGUGGAGGAGUAUUCUGGUUUUUGAAUUCCAUUUGAGAGUUUAAAGUGUCAUGUUGAUAAUUAUUUAGUUGUGUUUGUUGCUGGCUUGUAAAGCAAUAAAAACUGUUUUUGGUCUCUUUGUACCUUCCUGUGUUGCUGUGAGAACUCUUCCUGUGGAGAAUAAAUUGUUAAUAUUUC